GUUAGCAGGCGAGUCGCGGUAAGCAACGUCCUCCAAGCAAGGGGAGGCUCCAUGCGUUCUGUGGACGUCGUCUUUGUGUGUACAUAUAUUUCGUUCGCUUCCAAACACCGGACUGCGACAGGCAUCAUUGUUUGCAUGUAACUUCGCAUCAUGCAAGUUUCCAACGCGCUUCCUACGUUUGAAAAGACCGGGAGACACGAAGUACGAGGAAGUACCUCUCCCUUUCCCAACAAAGAGCAGUUCGAAAGAAUCCGUGAGAAAGGAAGGAACCGCCUUUCGACGCUUGCUGAGCCAAAGAAGCCUAAAAUAGAAUGGUGGACGAAUGUUGGCCCCUAUGUGAUGUGGGGAACCCAGGACAUGCUCACGCAAGUACCCGAGUCCGCCAAACACGCCAUAGCCACCGAGAGACUUGAGGCGCUGUCCGUACCAAAACGUGACUUUCAAAACGAGUCGGAAAAGUUUCAUUGUUCCUUAUUUUUAUACAGUUGUGGCCGUCCGUCAGUGAUAUGGCAGGUGUCACCCAAGGCCAAAGUGACAUCCCCCACGGAGAGGUUGGAACAGUUGGCGAAAGCGAAAGGUGUGAGCGAAGACUACAAAGAAAAUAACAAGCAGUUCCUGUACAGCUGCGGUCGGGCCAGUUCCGUGUGGCUGGUGGACGAAGCUGCCAAGAAGUGUCCUGAGAGAGAGCGCACGGAGCAACUGGCGGCUCCUAAAGGAACUCACCAGAACUUUCAGCUGCUGCGAGACGUCCACACGAUCGUCGCUCCUGCAGCCCUGAAGACGAAACCCACGGAGCGACUGGAGACGCUGGCAUCGCCCAAACAACGACCAGAAGGGCCUUUCAGAGAACCCACAUGGAGUGUUACUCAAGCUGCUAAAAAUGCCUCUGCGUCAGCGCGCUGUAUGGAGCUGGCGCGACCCAAGGGAGUAGUAGACGGUUACCUGAUGGCGCGAGACGUCGAGUGGCCCGUCAGUCGUGCCGCCAAGAGAGCGGCCACCACCGACCGCAUAGAGGAAAUAGCCAAACCCAUCAUGAGAACGGCAAUGGGUCUUGUGCAAUUCAACCCAGACGCCUUCAUGGUGCCUCCGUCAGCUUUAAAAUGUAUACCGUCGAAGAGAAUAGAGGAAUUGGCGAUGCCGAUUCAAAGAGGCUAAAAUUGGCGGGAAUCGGUAGAGGUUUUUGGCGCCAAAUUCCGCAGGCUGUGUUCUAUUACAUCAGAACAAGGUGGUCGGUCAUCUGUUCUGUUUGAUACCAGCAAGUCGGGGUUGUUGUUUUUUGUAAUUGUGUUUUUUUUUUCUCAUGGGCGGUAUAACACUGAACAAUUUUAUAUAUAUUUUUUUUUAAGUUACUCAGAAACAUCGAAGUAUGUUUGUUUUCGUUAGUUAUCAUAAACGUGAAUCGUGCUAUACAUAUUUUACUUUUUAAUGGAUCAGACGGAUAAUAUCCAUAAUAUGGUUAGGAUAACGAAAAAGGGCAAGAGGGUAGCCUAUAUCAUGUACUGAAAUAACUUACAUCAGUAUAAGGAGUGAAAUGAUAAUUUUAGACCUAAGCAUGAGACAUUUAUUAUUUUUGUUCGCUUUUUUAUUACUUUAAAACGUAUGUGGAAUUGAAUAUUAUGUGUUAAGAAAAUACUGCUGGGUGGUUUGAAUACUAGAAACUAGUUUAAAGCCUAAACAUUUCGUGCCAAAAACCAUUUAAUCAUUGCAAUGUACAUGUGUGCUGCUGUUUCCAUCUUCAGGACUAACACGUCCAUACUGUGGGGAGGGAUUUUACUGUUUUAACGCUAUGUCCUUGUCAUGUGAUAUUUCGGAAAAAAAGAGGAAAAAUCAAACAACUUUGAAGUGAACAAUUCAGGAACUCAAAUAUUCAUUAGAAAAAAAGAUAUAGAAAUGGUAUCGGUUUAGUACAAUACGAAAUAAAAUCUCUAAAUGAAUUAUAGUUUAAACAGGCAUUUUCAUUUAAUUCAGGCUCCCCACUCCCUACAAAAAUGGGAACCCGUACGCCUAUGUUGCCUAGAAAAAUAGUGUAUACAAUGAUAUCCGCAGCAAGAAAAUGUAUACAAUUGAACAUGUAAGUUUUGUCAGUAUUACAAUGGCAACAAACUUUGAACGGUCUCUUUACAAAGGACAUUUGCGAGUGACGACCAUACAAAUCGUUACUCUGGACAAUUCAGGGCCACACGUAGAUGAUGAGGGCACUACAUUUACACCACUUAUCCUAUUUUCCCGGAUAGAGGACUGAACUCUUAGUAUACUACUGGUCGUGAAAAAGAAGAGACUUGUUUGAAGUUUUUGUUAUUACUGUUUUCUUUUUGACUAAAAAUUAAUUUGAGCAUUUGUUUAGAUUACUGUGAGCUGAUGUUGUUGGGUUUUUUUUUUUUAACUUGAUAUCCUGGUCCAAGUGUUUCCCAGCCAGUAUUGAAAGGGGCUUCUUAAAUAAUAAAAAAACUGUGAAACAGGGUAUCAUAUUAUUUAAGGUUUAAGUGUGAAGAUUGGAUAGCCUGGAAUAGGAUGGAAACUAGGAAAAGUGAGCAUUAAAAGCAAUUGGCUUUACACGAAGCGUUAAAAGCAGUGGUCUGGGACUUUUAGUUUGGAGCACAAAAUUAUUGUGCAAACAUGUACUGGAUAAAAUAGUAAAAAGUCAUUAACCCUACUUAUUGGGAAGUGUAAAAUAUAUUUUGUUAUUACAGCUUCCCCCUUCCCCCCUUAAGUUACACAUUACCUUUUAAAAAAAAAACAACCCCAAAACCCCCCAAAACAAAACAUAUUAUUAUUAAAGUAUACUUCUGGGUGUUUUAGUGGCACAAAAAGCAUUUUAUCAUUUUAUCUAGAUAAUUAGGUUUAGUGACUUUAAUAUGGGUUUUAACUCUCACUUUAGGAACAAACUGAUCUCUUUUAUCUUUUUUUUAAAAUCAAAUUUAACAUUUGUAUUUACAUGUGUACACUCUUUCGCAUGUCAUCACCUACCCCAACACCCACCCCAAUACCCUAGCAAUUUAUACUUUUAUUUGUUAUUUUCAGUUUUGAAUACAUUCUUGUAUAAUAACAAUUUAACCAAGAACUUACCUUUUUACGACAUUAUGUUUAUAAAAUUUCACAAUUUUGCAUGGAGUAACUUUCGUUUGUGUAUGUUACAAGUAAUUGAUUGGUUUUUGUCAGUAUUAAUAUCAUGUGUUAUUUAGUUUUAUUCCUUGUGUACUAGGAUUAACAUAUUUCUGCUCAAUUCCUUGUGCCAAUAAACACUAUAUAAAACCAGAAACAGUAUUACAUAAAUUUACAAAGUGUACAUAUAUAUUAUAAAUAUACAUAUUUAAUAACAAUGUAUUAUGUUUCAUGCAUUGUGAUUUGUUAAAAAUAAAACUAUUUGAGAUUG